AUGGAAGGAAUGCAAAGUUGCAACAAGCUUGAUUUAAUGUUUCCGGGAUACAAAAAAUAUACUGCAAAAACGUUGUGCAAAAUUGAUGAGUUCAUUGGCUCUUUUUCGAUGAAUAUUUUAGCAUUUGAUCCUUAUAUUUCACUUGUCAGCAUUAUCAUAAACAUACUUCAUAUCGUGGUUCUAACGAGAAAACCAUUACGAAGUUCGUCAAUCAAUGUAAUUAUGGCAGCUGUUGCAAUUUUUGACGUUGGGGCCCAACUCCGUCCGGUGCAGAUCGCGAUAGUGGAUAUAGUGAAUUUAUUCUAUCCGUGUGUUCUUCAAUUAGACUCAUACAAUCAGCUUAUAUCAGAAAUAGCUCUCGAAACAAUUAAAGAUUAUUCGAGAAGAUGCUCAACGUGGCUGUGUUUUCUGGUUGCAUUAAUACGAACAUUAGUGGUUCGAAAUCCAAUGAAUUCAAAUUACGAAAGACUGACAUACUCAUCUACAGCUAUUGUUUUUAUUCUCAUUGUCGUAGUUUUCAGCGGUCUUUUCAAUAUUUAUCAAUUAUUUUCAUAUAAAAUUGCCGAAGAGGAAAAAUUUGAUGUGUGCUUUGAUUACGUGAAAGCUUAUUUUCGAGACUACACCCAGCUUUUUUUGAAAAACAAUAGUAGAUUGCUCAAACUUUGGAACUUUGUUAACGCUCUCGCAUCUUUUAUUAUCCCAUCUGUCGCCUUUCCUCUAGUUACCAUCUUUCUAAUCAGAGAACUUUUGAAAGCGGACAAAAUGCGGAGAAAAAUGACAUCUACUUCGAGCAAAUUGAAAGAGUCCCGGAAUACUACAAAAGUUGUUGUAUACAACACCAUCAUAUUCAGCAUAGUUUUAUUCCCAAUCGGUGUCACUAUGGGAUUUCAGUAUUUGUUUAUAGAAAUCAAAGGAAUAACACGAAUUUUUGAAUAUCUAGGAUUUGUUUUUUCAAUGUUUUUUUCUGCAAACACAAUGUCUCAUUUCAUAAUUUGUCUUUUAAUUUCAUCACAAUAUAAUGAUACUGCAAAAUUAUUGUGUACAUGUUGUUGUUGUGCUCGGAAUAAGAAUAAUAAUACUUCUAUCAGUUUGACGAGGACCUUUACAAAUGGAGUAUCGACUUCAAUGAGCCCAAUAUCAUAA